AUUUUGUUAAAAGUGAUUUUCUCAAUCUCGACUUCUUACAAAGCCACCAUUAGAACCAAAGUGUGUUAUUUUAUUAAUUUUAUAAAAAAUCAAAAAAGUAAAGAAAAGAACAUAGAAGGUCAUAAAAAAAAAAAAGGAAUAAGAAUAUUGAAUUCUAACAGUAGUUAAAGGAAGGAAGGAAGGAAGAACCAGAAAUAGAGAGGUUAAACUUUAAAAGCUGAACAAGCACAAGGUUUGUUGUUUAUUUUUAUCUCUGUCCCCUGCCAUCUCUGCCAGCCUUUCGCGUCUUCUGCGUCCACUUGCCCUCUCUGUCUCUUGCGAUUUUGAGUUCUUUUCUUGGAGCUCAAAUUUUUAAACAUACAAUCUUGUGGUAACUUCUAUAAUUGUCCCAGGGGUAUGAUAUGAUUUGCACAGCUAAGUUCUCUCAUUUUUAAUGCAUUUGGAUUAGUGUAACUUUUUACUAGUUCGAGGAGCUCAGUUUUUCUAAAAAUUCUCUUCCUUUUCUACUUAUUUGCGUUCCAGUUCAUUGGUUGGUUCCUAGGUAGGGAGUGUCUUGAGCUGUUCUUCAAGUUUCCAGUGUAUUACUCCCUUUUGGGGUUUUUCUUUUCAUGUGGACUGAUAAAGUUAAUUAAUUUCCAAAAUCUGAUCUGGGUUUUUGUUGGUUUCAAAUUUAAUGAUUAAAGAAGUGGAAAAGAUCAUUUCUUUAAUCUAAAAUAUGUUUAAAAUAGCUUAAUUUGGAGGGUUUUUGAAUCUUUGAGAGAGCCAUUAAAAAAUAGGUUUUUUGACUGCUACUUUAUGUGAAACUGUUGGUUAAUUUAUAGUUUGUUUGUUUAUUUAUAUAUCUAACUCACUGGUGUUAAGGACGUUAGAAUAAAAGAACGAUUAUUUUCUGUUCUGUCAAAUUAUGUAACUGAAAAAAAGUAGCACUCUUUUCUUUUAUUUCUUUUGUGAGUUGCAUACAAACUGGGAUUAUCUUGUACUCAUGGGGGUUCUUGUCAAGCUUUUCAUGUCUUGAAACUCUUGUCGGCUCCAUAUAGUUUUUGGGUUCUUUGAGCUUGUGCUGGAGUUCAAGAGAGGUUUCCAAAAAGUGCCGGAAAUGGCCAAAUAAUUGAACUUUGAGGGCAUUUCUUACUGAGCAGAAGCGUUGCUAACCAACAACCUUCACCAUGCCUUUGUCUGAGCUCCUAUACCGAAUGGCUAAGGGAAAAACUGAUUCUUCUCAAGAGAAGAAUCCUGCUUGUUCAACUGAUCUGUCUUUUGUCAGACCUGAGAAUGAUUUUGGUGAGCUAAUAUGGGAAAAUGGUCAGAUUCAAUACAGUAGAGCUAGAAAGAUACAAACUUGUAACAGCUUACCUCCCAAGAUUAGAGAUAAAGACAUAGGAAAUGGCACCAAUACUAAAACAGGUAAGUUUGGAACGAUGGAGUCUACACUGAAUGAACUCCUUGCGGUUCCUGCUGUUGAAGUGAGGGCGAAUCAAGAUGAUGACAUGGUACCUUGGCUGAAUUAUCCAUUGGAUGAACCUCUGCAACAUGAUUAUUGUUCUGAUUUUUUGCCCGAAUUAUCGGGGGUUACUGUAAAUGAACACUCCUCCCAGAGUAAUUUUCCAUCGUUUGAUAAAAGAAGUUGUAACCAGUCAAUUACGGACUCCCAUACUGUUUCGGUACACAAUGGUUUGAACUUAGAGCAAGGAGAUGUGGUGAUGAAUUCUUCAGCAGGAGAUAUUGAUGCUAAGAGGCCUAGAACCAGUGCUAGUCAGUUAUAUCCGUCAUCUUCUGAGCAAUGCAAAACAUCAUUUCCGUUUUUUAGAUCCAGGGAUUCAACUAAAAAAGAUGAUAGUACAAGCAAUGCUGUCCACCAUGUCAUUGCACCAGAUUCUAUUCGAGCUCCAACAUCAGGAGGUGGUUUUCCCAGCAUAAAGAUGCAGAAGCAAGUUCCAGCACCAUCCCCUAUCAACUCCAGUUUAAUUAAUUUCUCUCACUUUGCAAGACCAGCUGCUCUUGUAAAAGCUAAUCUUCAGAACGUUGGCAUGAGAGCUAGUUCUGGAACUUCAAGCAUGGAAAGAAUGCAAAAUAAAGAUAAGGGCUCAAUUGGUUUACCAAAGGAAACGGACUCCCAUUGCCGUCCUAAUAUGAUGUCAUCCAAGGUUGAGGUUAAACCAACAGAGGUUAAGCCUGCUGAAGGAUCUGUUCCUGCUGAGCUACCUGAGGAAAUGAGCCAAGAAGGUGACUCUAAAAGCGAUAGAAACUGUCAUCAAAAUUUUGGUGAAAGUGCAAUUAAAGGAUUAGAAGAUGUUGAAAAGACUACAGAACCUCUGGUUGCUUCUUCUUCUGUUGGUUCGGGCAAUAGCGCAGAGAGACCUUCUGACGAUCCAACUGAGAAUCUGAAGAGAAAACAUCGUGAUACUGAGGAGUCUGAAGGUCCUAGUGAAGAAAUAAUCUAUGUGCAGGAUGCUGAAGAAGAAUCAGUAGGUGCAAAAAAACCAGCUUCUGCUCGAGCAGGUAAUGGGUCCAAGAGAGGUCGGGCAGCAGAAGUUCAUAACUUAUCUGAAAGGAGGCGAAGGGAUAGGAUCAAUGAGAAGAUGCGAGCCCUACAAGAACUCAUACCAAACUGCAAUAAGGUGGAUAAAGCUUCAAUGCUUGAUGAGGCCAUUGAAUAUUUAAAGACUCUUCAGCUUCAAGUACAAAUUAUGUCAAUGGGAGCUGGAAUGUACAUGCCAUCAAUGAUGUUACCUCCUGGAAUGCCUCACAUGCAUGCAGCUCAUAUGGGGCAGUUCUUACCCAUGGGUGUUGGAAUGGGAAUGGGUUUCCGGAUGGGUAUGCCUGACAUGAAUGGUGGAUAUUCUGGUUGCCCUAUGUAUCAAGUACCUCCUAUGCAUGGAGCACAUUUCCCUGGCUCGCAAAUGUCAGGGCCUAGUGCUUUGCACGGGAUGGGAGGACCUAGUCUUCAGAUGUUUGGGCUUUCUGGUCAAGGACUUCCAAUGUCAUUUCCUCGUGCACCCUUAAUGCCAAUGUCUGGAGGGCCUCCUCCGAAAACAAACAGGGAACCAAAUGCUUGUGGGGUGGUAGGUCCUAUGGAUAAUUUGGAUUCAGCUACAGCCUCUAGUUCAAAGGAUGCAAUUCAGAAUAUCAACUCGCAAGUGAUGCAGAACAAUGUUGCCAAUAGGUCAAUGAAUCAGACCUCUAGUCAGCAAGUGCCAAUUCAUGGCUCAUCUUCACUCCCAAGAGAAAGAAAGCAUUAGCUAUAGGUGCACACAUGAAUUCCAUCUAAAAGUAGCAUUAUGGAAAAUUGCAAGUAUGACAUUCAUAUAAGCAUGAAACAAGUAAAUUCUCCAUAUACAAUCCUAUUUUUGUCUUUAAAGAUGUAGCUCUUCACCCAUCAUCCCAUGAAAAUGAAAAUUAUGCUGAUCACUCUAAUUAAUUUUCAUUCGUGAAGGAUAUUCCCAAGGAAAACAUUUUUUACUGAAAUUCGCAAGGAAGAACUUAAUUACAACUCUCCAAACAGCCUUUUCUUCCAAUGAAUAUCAAACUGUAGUUUUCAUCUCUCCAAUUUAUGUUCAAAGAUUGUGGGCAUGUUUCAAAUAGUAGACGUCAUUUAGAGUUCCAUGUUCUUAACCUCCCUACUAGCCAAGAAGGCCGAGAAAAAUAUACAAGUGCAAUAGCAAAGAAAUAUUAUGCAGAUACUUGAAUAUUUUUUUGUUAAGUGGAAGAGGUCAUAGCCACAGAAAAUUAUGCAUUUAGCUUGUCUGAAGGAAUGUAAAUUUGGGCACGAUAUCCUAUUGAAUUCAUUAUAUGUUAAUUUUCAUAGUUGGGGUAACCUUUCAGAAAACUGAGUUCUGCAAUUGAAUUACCUCUGAACCUGA